AAAUUGUUCAUUUAUAUUUUUCAACAACAAAAUAAUUGUACAAAUUAGUUCUUGAAUUAUUGUUGUUUUUGAUAUUUCAAAUAUAAAAAUAAUGAAGAAAAUUAUUGUGUUGAUGGUGAUAAUGAGUUUGAAAUUAUUUGUUUCUGGAUUGUUGACAUGUUACUAUUGUCAAUCUGAAUCAGAAUCUAGUACUUGUUUAAUUGCUGAUAGUCACAAUACAACAGGAUGUACUAAAAAAUACUGUACAAUUUAUCGUCAAGAACUGAUUGAUCCACCUGGAAAAUUAAUAAGUUUUUCAAGAUCAUGUCAAGAUAAUCCACUUUAUUUAAAUGCAAUUAUUUAUUCAUUUGAUGAAGGAUAUAAAAAAUAUUAUCGUUCAUGUAGAAAAAAUUUUUGUAACAAAGGAAAUGGAUUAGAAAAAAUAACAGACAAUAUUAUUGCUUCAUCAUCAAAUAGUACAAUUACCAUUGUUCCUGGUAUUGGAAAUUGUGGACAACAAUUAUCACAAACAAUCAAUAUCCUCAUUUUUAUUUUUAUUCUAUCCUUGACCAAAAUUAUUUACUGAAAAUCAUAAAAGUGGAAAAAUAUUAUAACAAUUAUUUAUUUUAUAUUAAAUCAUUAUAUAUAAUUAUUAAAAAAUAAAAAUAUUAUUAUUAAACUCUAUAAAAUGUAAAUUUAAAUGUAGCAAACACUUUGUGUUAUUAUUUUUUUUUAUGAAAUAUAAAAACAGCUGAUUUUUGAUAACAAA